AAAAUGGCAGAGAGCACAGAAAUGGAUCAGCUCCUGAACUCCUUCAGUAAGUUUGCCAUCCACGGCGACACCAAGGCAACAGGCAAGGAGAUGAACGGAAAGAACUGGGCCAAACUGUGCAAAGACUGCAAGGUCAUAGACGGCAAGAACGUCACCAGCACCGACGUGGACAUCGUCUUCACCAAAGUCAAGUCAAAGUCAUCUCGAGUCAUCACGUACGAGGAGUUUCAGAAAGCUCUGGAGGAUCUGGCCCCCAAAAGGUUCAAAGGUCAAAGCAAAGAAGAGGCCCUGCAGUCGAUGCACAGCCUGAUCAAGGGCAAAGAGCCCACCAACGUUGGUGUGACGAAAGUGGCGAAGACAGGUGCUGUGGACAGACUGACGGACACAACCAAGUACACAGGUUCACACAAGGAGCGUUUCGACGAGGCUGGGAAAGGGAAAGGCAAGAGUGGUCGUGAGGAAAUUGUGGAGCACACGGGCUAUGUGGCAGCCUACAAGAACGCAGGGACAUACGACGAGAAAACAAAAGCCAAGUAA